CUUUUUCACAACAUGAUAUGGACGCCUCAAUAAUGUUUCUCGGCCAACAAGAAGAACUAACAUGGACCAAUGUCGGAAUAUCAUCGCUCUUCUUGAUCGCUUUGGUUUUUCUUUCAUUCUUCCUCAAAUUGCAGAUAGAGAGACCGCUAAUAAUAUCGUCAAUUCGAUGCGUCCUCCAAUUGACUCUGAUGGGGUACAUUCUUAAAGAUGUUUUCAGCAAGGAUGAUCCGCUUAUUACCAGUCUUAUUGUAGCUGUCUUAAUAUUGCUCAGCUCGUUUGAAAUUGUAUACCAGAAAUCUGUUUUAACCUACAAAGGCAUGUUUCUUUCGGUCUUGGUUUCAGUGGGUGUCAGCACGAUUGCCAUCUCAAUCGCCGGUACCCGAAUAGGGUUGAACGAAACUCCAUUUUGGAAGCCAACUAAAUUCAUACCCACUGUGGGAAUGAUAGUUUCCAACUGUAUGAGCGCAACAGCACUGGGAAUCUCGUCGUGUUUGUCACAUUUUCGAAUACACAGAGAAAGCAUAGAAACCCGAUUAUCCUAUGGUGCAUGUCGAUGGGAAGCAGCGAAACCUAUCGCCAUCGAAUCCGUGCGAACAGCCAUGCUUCCCACCAUUAACGGCAUGUCAAUUCUGGGCUUGAUUUCUAUACCAGGGAUGAUGACAGGACAAAUUAUGGCAGGUGCUCCUGUUGGGCAAGCAGCCAUGUAUCAGCAAAUCAUGAUGUUUAUGAUCAGUGGAUGUAGUGCAUUCUCUGUUCUCUAUUGCGUUGCUAUAUGUGUACGGGUCGCUAUCGACAGUGAUCACCGACUUCGCCUAGAUAGAAUAUUGGACGGUAACAACAACAAGAUGGGCUACAGUAGUAGCAGUAGAUUAUUUUGCUGCUUUAAGCGAAGAAAGGUUGAACAGUAGAACAAUUAAAUAGAAAUCUAGCUAAUUCCUCAUAUACUGUAAGCAUAUGCCUUCCUCAGGUAGUGAGGGGAUAUAGCCUGGCUGGCUGGCUAGUCUGUAGCAAACAGUAUCUUAAUUACAUUUCGUAAUAUAGCAUCCUAACAAUAUUCACCCGUAGCGAAUUCAACUUCUUCUUUUCGCAUUUGAC